CCGCUCUUGAUCCUCAUCAGACGGGUUUUCGAAACCGCGAUGCCGAUCCCUGUGCGCGCGCUGCCGCAAGAGCAGGGAUUAUGCGGGUGCGCCUUCUCGCACCGGUCUACGAGAGACAAUGCUGGCACCUAGUGUCACCAUUCGAACGGUCAAGACGCAGCAAUGCACAAUCAACAAACCCGACGUGUAGCCCACCGACAUCUCAUCCGAUGAACGACAUGAAGGUCCAACAGCUAAUGCUCCGCAUCAUUUUCGAGACGUUAAUUCCUGAAGGAUUCUUGCAUGAUUUCAUCGCACUGGCCAACAGAUUAUAAAACUCUGGACACCAAAGCCGUGGAUAGGGCACGUCUGCCCUAAGGUCUCACACUUCUUCUUUAGCUGAGUUCUGGCCGUUGCCUUCGAAGUCCGUCUGUGUUUGUCUUGACAUCGAACGUCAAGAUGUUGGAGAUACUGAAGUCCAAAGUGGUGCAAGGAGCGCUCCUUAUCUUUCUGGCCAGCUAUGUCGUGCGUUUUCUUGUCAAAGGAUAUAGGAUCCGAAAGAGGCGGUUUCAAUUCCCUGGAGCACCGGCCUCAUGGAUCUUCGGCGAUCUCAAGACCGUUGGCGAGAUAGCCUCGCAGCUUCCCAAUCGUGUCCAUCCUCAUACAUAUGCCCACUUCAUUAGGAAGAAGCACAACUUGGGCAAUUGGUUCGCUCUUGACUUUUGGCCGGUGUCCGAUCCAAUGAUUACAGUAAUGGAUCCUGCGAUAAGUCAACAAUUCUCGACAGAGUACAAUACGCCGAAGCAUUCCUCAUUGCCGGAUUUCCUGGAGCACUUGGUGGGGAAAGACGAUAUGGUGUCUGCCAAUGGGGCUUUGUGGAAGAAGUGGCGGAGCAUGUUCAACCCAGGCUUCAGCACACAGCACCUUAUCACUCUCGCACCAGGAAUCGUUGACGACGCUCUGAUUUACGUCGACAAACUCACAGAACAUGCGAAGAAGAAUGAAGUGUUCCGCCUCGAAGAAGAGACCACGCGCCUGACUGUCGAUGUUAUUGGAAAGGUCGUACUGGACGUCAGGUUCAAUAUGCAGCGAGGGAACAAUGAAUGUAUCGACGCUCUGCGAGAGCAGAUCAACUUGCUGCCGAAUGAGACCUUCAACCCAUUCGCCAUGUGGAGGCCAUAUGGUAUCUACCGACGAUGGAGAAACAACCGCGUGAUGCACCGAUAUAUCGGCAAAGUCCUUGACGAGCGCUUCGCAACCAAAGAAACUCCAGCCAAAGAAAAGAAGGCCCGCAAACGUACCAUCAUCGAUCUCGCCCUCGACAGCUACCUCACCGGCGAGGAAGAUCUAGAAAAUGAGGACCCUAACGCAGUCGCCACAAGCAACGACCACCCGAUCAUGGACGCCGCCUUCCGCGAAGGAGCCAUCACUCAAAUCCGCAUCUUCCUCUUCGCAGGCCACGACACAACCUCCUCCACGAUCUGCUACGUCUUCCACCUGCUCCGCAAAAAUCCUCGAGUCCUCGAACGCAUCCGUCGCGAACACGAAGAUAUCCUCGGCCCCGCCCACCAAACCGCCUCUAAAAUCCAAUCCGACCCCAACAUCCUCCACAAACUCGAAUACACCCUCUGUGUCAUCAAAGAAACUCUCCGUCUCUUCCCCGCCGCUUCCGCACCUCGCAUGGGCGAAAAGGGACUCUUCCUCACAGACCCCAGAACAGGCGAAAAGUUCUCCACAGAAGGCUGGAUGAUCUGGCUCGUCCACCACGGUCUCGGCCACAACGAAAACAUCUGGGGUCCCGAUGUCGACGAAUUCAAACCCGAACGUUUCCUCCCUUCCAACUCGCACAACAUCCCUGAAGGAUCAUUUCGAGCUUUCGAAAUGGGUUAUAGGAAUUGUUUGGGGCAGAAUUUGGCGUUGCUGGAGGCGAGGAUUAUUUUGGCGAUGACUUGUAGGACUUUUGAGUUCGAUGUUUGUUUGGAUAAGGAGGGGUUGGAGACUGUGGGGAAAGAUGGGACGUUUUAUGCGAGAGAUGAGAGUUUUAGGAAGGGGAAGGUGCAUGAUGUUGGUGGGGAGGAGUUGUAUCAGGUGUUGAUUGGGGCGGCGAAGCCGAGGGAGGGGAUGCCUUGUAGGGCGAGGAGGGUGGAUUGGAAGCCGUGAGGAGGUAUAGGCGUAGAAGUGGCGGAAUGGUUUGCUUUUGGGAUGUAUAGUUAGAACUGGUAUUUGUGUAGUUUUUUGAGCCAUUCUAUGAGGCAAAUAUUUGUAUGCCUGUAUUCACGAUUGUAGAUCUUGGAAGCCAUGUGUCCCUUCCUUGUCUUUCGCUCCACUCUUCUGCUUCUUGCGCGCACAGAGACGCGAUCAUGUCUCCUCCAACAACAACGACGGCAGACAGCUUCCUCUUCUCCUCCAUCCUCGGGCUGUUGAUCGUGGCGGUAUCUUACUUCAUCGUGACAAGCUUAUCCACGAG